GGCCAAGAGGAGCGACUCUGACUCUGGUGUUUACAGUGGAACGUUUCAGCUUUUUUAACAAGAUGGGUCUUCUGACUGAGGGUUCUCCGUUGAGUUGGGAAGAAACCAAAAAAUAUGCGGACCACGUGAGAAAACAUGGCAUCAAUCAGUUUUUAAACAUCUACAAGAAACUAAAGGAUCGUACUGGGGACACAUUGAAAUGGGGAGACGAGGUGGAAUACAUGUUGGUAACAUUUGAUCAUGAAAAUAAGACUGCCAGACUCAACCUGGAUGGAAUUACUUAUUUGAAAUGUUUACAGCAAGAUGAAAUUAAUAAUCCUGAUGAGAAUACAGCUAUUUGGAGACCUGAGUAUGGAGCUUAUAUGCUAGAAGGUACACCAGCUAGGCCGUAUGGUGGUUCUAUGGCACAUUUUAAUGUUGUUGAAGCAAAUAUGAAAAUAAGGAGGGAAGAAAUAAUGAAGUUAUUAAAAGCUGAAGACUCUCCUCUUUCUAUCACUAGUUUUCCAAGAUUAGGAUGCCCUGGUUUUACUCUCCCUGGAUAUGAACCAACUUUGACUGAAGACGGAGCUUCUCGGUCACUUUAUUUUCCUGACCAAGCAAUCAACAAUGAUCACCCAAGAUUUAGCACACUGACUAGGAAUAUAAGGAGCAGACGAGGGGGAAAAAUAGCCAUCAACAUUCCAAGUAAGCCAAAAUUGUUAAAUCUUGAAACCUUUUACAUCAUUGUAGGUGUUCAAUACAUGCUG